CCCAAUUUGUUGCCUCCCAGCAAAAUCACUUCGUCGAACUCUUGAACAUAUGGAGAUUAUUCAUUUGAUGGUAAAACAUCUGUUUAUUAUAUUGGCAGCGACGGCCGCCGUGGUGGCUCAACAGAGCAACUUCGGAGGUCAACAGCAAGAGCAAAGUGGAUUCGGAAGCCAAAGCGGCUUUGGAAAUAACCAGGGAAGCCAGGGAGGCUUUGGUGGAAAUCAAGGUGGAUUCUCAGGAUCCCCACAGCAGGGAGGUUUCGGAGGACGCACCGGAUCACCACCACCAUUCGGAGGAUUCUCAGGAGCUCCACAAGGAUUCGGAGGCAAUCAGGGAGGAUUCGGUGGACAGACUGGAUUCUCCGGAGCCCCACAAGGAUUCGGUAACAACCAACAAGGCGGAUUCGGUGGAAACCAAGGAAACCAGGGAGGAUUCGGUGGACGCACCGGAUCACCACCACCAUUCGGAGGAUUCUCAGGAGCUCCACAAGGAUUCGGAGGCAAUCAGGGAGGAUUCGGUGGACAGACUGGAUUCUCCGAAGCCCCACAAGGAUUCGGUAACAACCAACAAGGCGGAUUCGGUGGAAACCAAGGAAACCAGGGAGGAUUCGGUGGACAAAACGGACAAAACGGACAGAACACCGGAAACAAUGGAGGAUUCGGUGGAAACCAAGGUGUAACUGCUAGCGGAUUCGGAGGCCAACAGCAAGGAUUCGGUCAACAACAGCAAACACAGAACGGAUUCCGAGGAAAACGUCAAGCUCCACCAGCUGGAUCACCACCACCACCUCCUCCACCAAAAGGAUCUCCACCACUAGCUGGAUCUGGAUCCCCACCUCCACCACCAGCGGCUGGCUCACCACCACCGCCACGGACCGGAUCUCCUCCACCACCACCAACCGGUUCUCCCCCACCACCGCCAGCUGGAGGUUCCCCACCACCACCAAGAGCCGGCUCCCCUCCACCACCACCACCACCAAGAGGAUCUCCUCCAACAGGAUCUCUUCCACCACCACAAGCCGGAGGAUCACCCCCACCAGCUGGAACUGGAUCCCCUCCACCACCACCACGUCAAAAGCGUCAGGCUCCUGAAAGAUCACCACCAACUGGAUCUCCUCCAACUGGAAGCCCACCUACAGGCCGCCCACCACGUGGAGGACCAGGAAAGUCUAGCGAAGAGUCGUCGGAAUCCCGUGAAGGACCACGUGGAGGACCACGCGGAGGACCACGCGGUGGACCAAGAAAAUCCAGCGAAGAGUCAUCAGAGUCUCGUGAAGAACCAAGAGGUCCACGAAGAUCUCCACCAACCGGAAGCCCACCAACAGGAUCUCCUCCAACUGGACGUCCACCACGUGGAUCUCCACCAACUGGAUCCCCUCCAACCGGCCUUCCAUCUCGCCAGAAACGUCAGGCUCCAGAAGACCGACCAACCGGAUCGCCACCAACUGGAUCACCACCAACAGGACGUCCACAUCGUGGAGGACCAGGAAAAUCUGAGUCGUCUGAAUCCCGUGAAGGACCAAGAGGACCACGUAGAUCACCACCAACUGGAUCGCCACCAACUGGAAGCCCACCAACCGGUGCCCCACCAAAGAAGGGAUUCUUCGCUUCUCUUUUUGAUUUCUAAUUGUACCAUUUUUGAAUAAAUUUGUAGAAAAAA